AAUCAUAUGAUUGAGAACAAUUAGGGUUUUUCUUCUUCCUUCACUCUUUUUUAAAAUCCGCCGCCACUUUCGUCCCCUCUCUAUAAUCGUCGCGUUAAUGGCGGUAUCGUACAAUGCAUUAGCACAGUCGUUACAAGGGAUAAGCAGCUGCUUCAUCCCCAAAACCUAUUGCGUCAGAGAUACUAAGCAGAGAAGCAGAUCCAAUGUCGUAUUCGCGUCUAAUGAUAAGAACAUUGCUCUUCAGGCUAAGGUAGAUAACUUGUUGGACCGUAUAAAAUGGGAUGACAAAGGAUUAGCUGUGGCAAUAGCACAAAACGUGGACACUGGAGCAAUACUAAUGCAAGGCUUUAUUAACAGGGAGGCUCUCUCCACGACCAUCACUUCUAGAAAAGCUACAUUCUUCAGUCGAUCAAGAUCGACCUUAUGGACUAAGGGAGAGACAUCCAAUAACUACAUCAAUAUCCGUGAUGUUUAUCUUGAUUGCGAUCGUGACUCGAUCAUUUACCUUGGGACACCAGAUGGGCCUACUUGUCAUACAGGGGCAGAGACAUGCUACUACACAUCGGUUUUUGAUCAGUUAAACGAUGAUGAGGCUUCAGGAAACAAGCUUGCAUUAACAACACUAUACUCGUUAGAAUCAAUCAUUUCCAAGCGGAAAGAGGAAUCAACAGUUCCUCAAGAAGGUAAACCGUCAUGGACUCGACGGUUAUUGACUGAUGACGCUCUGCUUUGCUCAAAGAUCAGGGAAGAAGCGGACGAGUUAUGCAGAACACUGGAGGAGAAGGAGGAAGUAUCAAGAACAGCAUCGGAGAUGGCGGAUGUGUUGUACCAUUCGAUGGUACUUCUGUCUAAAAGGGAUGUGAAGGUGGAAGAUGUUCUUGAGGUUCUUAGGAAACGCUUCUCUCAAUCUGGAAUCGAGGAGAAGCAAAACCGCACAAAGUGACCGCAUUUAACUGUUUGUAUUGCAAAAAAAAAUCUUGAAGUUAAUAUUGUUCCACUUUUUUGUUCAUCAUGGAACUUGUGUACUGUAUAAUUAAGUUAUUCUCAAUGAUAGAUGAAAUAAAUUAAUCCUUUUUCGA